AUGCACGCGAGUAACGCUAUUCGUUUAUUGAAUUGGCGACUAUUUCGCAAUUGUUAUUCGAAACGCUUUGUUCAUUCAGCAUGGUCAACACUUGAACGUGAGAUAAAGAAUGGUCGACAAUCGCUCGACAUCUUGUUCAUUGUUACAAGUCAUAAUACGAUGUCACAGAAGGCUUUAUGUCUUCUGUCUUCCACACUUCAAUGUCGAGUAAUGGUUGAGUUGCAUUCCAACGAGAAACUGGUCGAGCGUGUUCAAAUGCAUAAACCUGAUUUGAUCAUUUGUCCAUUUUUAACUCGGACAAUUCCGAAUCAAAUCUACCGCGAUUACAUCACAUUGAUCGUCCACCCUGGCCCAGUAGGCGAUCGCGGUCGCCAUUCAGUCGAUCGGUGGGUGUUGGAAAGACCGAAAGAAUGGGGAGUAACAAUACUCGAAGCGGUUGAGGAAAUGGACGCUGGACCUGUAUGGGCGGAAGAAAAACUUGAUACAGAACAACAUUUACCACAAACAGCAACAAAGAGCGAUGCUUACAAUAUUUUGACAACACUCGCAAUGAAAGGAUUACGAGAAAUUUAUCAUAAAAUCUUCCUUGGACAUUAUCCAGGUGUUGAACAACCAGCUUCAUUAAAAAGUUUACCAUUAAAUACACUGAAACAACGUGACUGCGCCAUUGAUUGGUCUUCGGAUUCAGCGAGUACAAUCGCACGUAAAAUUCAGUCUCGUGACUCUCAACCAGGUCUCCUCGAUUCUAUCUGUAAUAUUCCGUUGUAUCUCUUCGGUGCCCAUGUUCAGCCAUUGAACAAACCUAUCCACACACCUCCAAAAACCAUUCUGGCGAAAGACAAAAAUGCUUUCCUUAUCAGCUGUGCAGAUAGUACCAGUGCUCUAUGGAUAACACAUUUGAAAAACGCAUUGGAUAAGAAGAAUCCAUUCAAACUACCAGCAGCUCAAGUCUUACCGUCGACGUCUGCUCUCUUACAAAACUAUCUCUCAUUUGAAGAUAUUCAUGUGGAUGUAGAAGAUGAUGUAUGUUAUGUUCAAUGGGAUUUCUACAAUGGAGCUAUGCGUGAUGAUCACUGUUAUCGGUUAAAACAAGCGAUUAGGCAGAAUAUCAAUGCUAGUGUGAAAGUAGUUGUUCUCCUGGGUAGCCUUCGAUAUUUUUCCAAUGGAAUUGAUUUGAAUACAAUUGAAGCAUCGGACAAUCCUGUUGAACAAUCGCAAAAAUAUAUUCAUGCUAUUAAUGAUCUAAUUCGAUAUCUUAUGAUAGAUCUUUCGGAUAAAAUUGUUGUGUCGGUCUUACGAGGACAUGCAGGAGCAGGUGGUGCAAUGAUGUCUCUCGCAAGUGACUUUAUCUUUAUUCAUGAAAACUCAAUUAUCAAUGCACAUUACAGAACGAUGGGAUUAUUUGGUUCAGAAUAUUGGACGUUCAAUUUACCAUCUCGUCUUGGAUCAGUUGCACAGGCGAACUCACUUGUCAAUCAUCUGCAACCAAUGAAUGCUCAACAAGCAGUAACUUCAGGUUUUGCUGAUUUUACGUAUUCAGCAUGGAAUGAAGUGGAGGAGAAGAUCACGAAUGAUAUUCUUCCUAAUCUCAGUGAACAUUUAAAAUGGAAGGCGCAUAAACGUCAAGAAAACAUCACGAAAUUUGGCCAUCCGGAAGCUUGUCGCCAUCGUGAAAUCAAGAUCAUGAAUGAUAACUUCGCUUCUUUUGAAUACAUUCGUGCUCGUUACCAAUUUGUUCGAAAGGUACCUACGAAUACAACGCCUUUUCAUUUACUUUCAAUUGGCAGCAAACAAGCAACUAUGAUGAAAGGCCAAGCAUGCGCAGCACAUAUCUACAAUGAAAUCAAGAGUAAAUACGAACCGAACGAUAGAAAUGUACCAGCUCUGGGAUGUUUAUUAGCUGGCUCGAAACCUGAAAGUGAAUUGUACGUGAGAAUGAAGGAAAAAAAUCUUCGAGAAAAAGUUAAUUUUAAAACACAUAUCGUUCAACUGCAACCAGGUGAAAAUGAUAAUUUGUUUGGACUGAAAUUAGAACGUGUUAUUCGUGAAUGGAAUGCAGAUCCAAAUAUUCAUGGCAUUCUUGUUCAAUUACCUUUCCCUGAACAUUUGAAACAAUAUCAAAGUGGUGUACUCAAACUGAUUCAUCCACAAAAAGAUAUUGAUGGUCUGCUCUACCCGAACUCAUCGUUUGUUCCAUGUGCUGCUCAAGCCAUCAUUUGGCUACUCGAUUGGUAUGAUGUUAAGUUGAAUGGUAAGAAUGUCGUUGUUGUUGGCUCUUCAAAACUAGUUGGAGAACCAGUUAGUCUUCUCUGUAAGGCUCGUGGUGCUACAGUGACGAUUUGUUCAAUACAUACACAAGAUCUUCGCGAAGCUUUCAGUCACGCUGAUAUCAUCAUCACAGCAACAGGUUCGGCACAUCUCAUUCAUGGUGAUCUCCUUCCCGAAAACCGACCAUUGGUCAUUGUCGAUGCUGGAGUUAGUCACGAUCCACCACACAUACGUGGUGAUGUGCACAUGGACUCUGUUCGCGACAAAUGUAUUCUCAUCACACCACCUGUUGGUGCUGUUGGACCCGUGACAAUUGCAGCAUUGGCUCAUAAUCUCUUUCAAGCGUACUUAGCACAAGAAAAACUAUCCUCAGAACAUCAUUUGGAACAUACUCACACAAAUUUGUUACAAUAUAUGAUUUAA